AUGCCGCGUCCCAAGGUGAAGCCACAGGACAGACAGAGGUCAGCACGUGCUUGUCUUCCUUGCAAAGCCUCCAAGAUACGCUGUGAUGCAGGCACGCCAUGUGGACCGUGUCUGAAGCGGGAACGCAUCUCUGCUUGCGUCUAUCUUGAAUCUUCUCGGAAGAGGCAGAAGACGAACCACAAUCAUAUGGAUACGUCCCCCUUUCCCACACCUAGCAUCGAAGAUGCGUCGCCACAGUUCGAGGACAUCAGUCCUGGGGCCCAACAUGUGCAUCCUGUCGCGCCAGUCGCCCCUGUUAUGCCAGCAGAGGUGCGUGCCAUUGCUUCCACAGCGGCCACUACAACAAAUACCACAACCUCGACGCCAGAACCUGGCAAGGACUCCUCUCGGCUGACGCAGAGUCGGAUGUUAUUGAGUUCGAAAGGCGAAAAAUUAUAUGUUGGCGAGAACGCUUCGCUAUCGUUCCUCCAAUUCCUUCGGCAGAUACUGAAGAAGUACAUGGGUCCUUCGACUUUCACCGAGAACCAGUUCAAAGACAACAUGCUUGAAGUUGGAAUGGCUCGAGGGGAGAGUCCAUUGUUGUACGACCAGAAUAGAGGAGAGAAAGAAGCGUUAGUACAGCUCUACAGAGAAGCAUCGAGCGGCAUAUUAGACUUGUUCACAAUGGACGAGAUACACGGCUUCCUGGACCGUCACAAUGCACUCAGCCCGAGCAUUUUCAUCGACGAAGAAGAUAAGGCUGCCAGAGCUGAGCAGGCAUUCUUGAACAUGAUGCUCGCGAUCGGUAGUCAAUGUCGAGGUCAAAAUCCCUUCGGCUCCUACAACGCUACUCGUCAUUUUACAUCGGCUCAGAAGUAUGCCUUCGAGGGCUUUGUCGGCGAUCCCACCCUGGACAUGGUCCGAAUCUUCCUCUUGAUGGCUUUCUACAUGCUAGGCGCGUGUCACCGGAACGCCGCUUUCAUGUAUCUUGGCAUCGCCUCCAAGGCGGCAAGUGCUCUCGGGCUACACAGGCGCGAACCGAACAAGGCAAUGUCGCCACAAGAGUACAAUGCACGAUGGCGAACGUGGAAGAGCUUAUUGAUACUGGAUACGAUUGUCUCCUCAAUUUUGGGCCGACCAGGAGGUUUGCCAUUCUGUCGACCGAACCAGGAAGACAGCAUGUAUGACGGCGACGAACAAAUUGGAGUGUCCGAUCGGCCUCGGUGGCUCGCCUCCCAAGCCGUGUUCACGAUUUGCUCGCACAUCAUCGAGCUAGAACAACAAUUAGUUGGUAGCGGAAAGCAGAUUGACUCUACAGCGGCUGAAGGAUUCCUCAGACGUCUGCGUCAAUGGAACGAUACCCUAUCCCACGAGCUGAGGCACUUCGCAAGCUUGAAGAAUACCACACUCGGGCCAUCCGACCGCGAGCUCUUUAUUGGAUCAGUGCAUGUGGCCUGCACUUACUACUUCACUAUUAUCCUGGUUACGCGGCCUUUCAUCAUAUCACAUCUCAUAUCACAGCUCCGUCGACGAAGACCUCCCGCUCGAAGACCAAGUGCCGACAAGGUUGAGACAUCUCACGUCUCAGACUUAGCUCAGGCCUGCCUAGACGCCGCAAUGUACAUGGCAAAGACUGGCUUCAUGGCCAUCAACAGUCUGAUACUGUCAAACAACAUGUGCCUGCUCAAAGCCUGGAUGUUCGCUGCAGGCCUUCUGCUCGGCUUCUCCAUGUUUGCAACGCCAGAACCCGUGCCAGAAGUUGAUGAAGCCUUCCAAAACGCUAUCGCCGUCUUGGAGCGUCUGGCACCAUGUAGUCCGCAGGCACGGCACUACUUUGAGAUUCUCAGCACCUUCUCGGAAGCCAUACACACUCGGCGUGAGCAGCUCGGACGGGAGCGACGGAAAAAGAGCGACCGCUUCGUCAGCCAGAUUUUCACGGCUUCGUUCCAUGAUAGCAAUCAGAAUCUCCCUCCAUUGGCCACACCUUCGUCCGGUCCCUCCAACAUUGAUCCAAACAUUGUUCCGGGUAGUGGCUUGGACAGCAUGAACAACUUUGAUUUUGACUUCAAUUCGGCAGCUUACGACUUGCCAACCUUUCCGGAUCAGGAGGCAUGGACAGACAUGCCACUGUUGUCGGACAAUCUGUACAUAGACUGGGAGUCAAUAUGGCCCGUCAUGGAUAGUUGA